CAAAAACAAAAAGUCCAAGAAGAAUAAUCGAAAAGACGACAACUUUGAAAUAAAUAAAAAACUCAAUGGCAAUGAUCAUUCUAAUAAAAAAGUAAGAUUUGAUAAUGAUGACGAUGAAUUAAUGAAGAUUACUAAAUUGGAUUUGUUUGAGGACAAUAAUAAUAAUGCUGGAAACGAUAUUCAAGAAGAAAACCUUUCGACUUUUGAAAAGCAACAAAAAUUGAUUCAGGCUCAAAUUGAACAAUUAGAAGAGGAAGCUUUAGAGAAAAAAAAAUGGACACUUGGAGGUGAAUCUUCAGUUAAGAAUAGACCAGCAGACUCUUUACUAGAAGAAGAAUUAGAAUUUGAAAGGACUUCCAAACCUGUUCCAAUAAUCACUCAAGAAGUUACUGAAUCAAUCGAAGAUAUGAUUCGUCGUCGUAUCAAGGAAGCCAAUUUUGAUGAUAUACCCAAAAGAUUGCCUAUGAAAAAUUCACAAAAUCUAAUAAAAAACAGAAAUCAAAUGGAUGUUAGCGAAUAUAAAUCAUCAAAAUCCUUAGCUGAAAUAUAUGAAGAGGAAUAUGGGCUUAAAAAAAAUGAUGAUGAGAGUUCGAAUACUAAUAUAACUAAAGAAUUGGAAAAAUCUCAUAAAGAAAUCGAAUCAAUGUAUCAAUUAUUAUCACAUAAAUUAGACGCUUUAUGUUCUGCUCACUUCAUUCCAAAACCUGCUCAAAAGGAAAUUGAUAUUAAAGUCAAUACUUCAACGAUAACAAUGGAAGAUGCUCAACCGUUAUCAAUGUCGAAUGAAACUACACUAGCACCACAAGAAAUCUAUAAGCCUACUGUUGGUAUAGAUAGUAAAGAAGUUAAACUCAAGAGUGGGUUGAUCAUCUCCAAAAAUGAAUUAUCGAGAGAUGAUAAAAACAGGCUACGUAGAGCAAAUAAAAGGAAGAGAUCUAAGAUGCUCAAGAGCAAAGUUGAAAAUAAGAAGUUUAAGAAAAAUGAUAAAAAUGAUGUUAUUCAGACACUUAAAAAGGCUAAUGUUACUGUGAUUGGUAAGAAGGGCGAGAAAACAGAUGUGUAUGGUGAGGAGAAAAAAGAAAAUGGACCUUUGACAAGCAAUAACCUUAGACUAUGAUUUACAGAAAGAUAAUAGGUUUAUAGUAAAGGUUGUAGAUUCUAAACAAAAAAGAAUAAAUAUUUCUUUAAAAUGUUUCCUGAUAAUGAUGAAUUAUAUCAAUAUGUACUCUCAUGCAUGUUAAAAUGUGGAUAUUGAUAAUAAUAAACACUUGACAACGUGAAAAAAGCAGUGUAUUAACAGGAGUUUAACAUUAAUUGAAAGUAGAAUAAAUAAGAAAAUA